AUGACUUCACUUUCGCCUUUUGCUCUAAAAAUUGCUAUUUUUCUCUUGCUUUUGGCAGUUAUCUUUCAAAUAAUAACAGAUAAUGGAAAGCUAAGUGUCACAGAAUUUCUAUGGAGAGGGAAAAGUGUAAACAGCACCAAAAAGCUUUCCUAUGAUGUGGUCAUUGGAGUUCUUUCAGCCAGAAAUCAUUUUGAGAAAAGGCAGGCCUUAAGAGAUACAUGGGUUGGUCAUAUCUACCAAGAUACAGAAUUAAACAAAAAGGUGUUAGUUAAGUUCAUAGUCGGGGAUAAGGCUUGUGCUGUUCCACCCCAAGACAGACUUGAUCAGUAUUCUUGUGAAAAGAAUGGUGUUGUUAAUCCAGUUCUAAAUGAAGACAUCAUUGCUUACAAAGUCCCAAUUGGAACCAUGGGUGACUAUGUGCAUUCUGGCCCUGUUGGCAUGGACUUUAAGGUGAAUUUCCCAAUUGUUGUCAAGCAGCUUGGAGUGUUUGAUAGUGACUCCAAUGGAUUAGAAACUGAAUUGGUUGUGAGACUUUAUGAUAAAGCCACCGAGACUGAGGUUGUAAAUGCUACUUUUAAUUCAACCAGCCCUGGUACUCUAAAAGGGGGCAGUAGAUUCAAGCCAGUUGAGGAGUACAUACUGCCAAAGGGAUUURAAGCCUCAAUUGUGGCAGAGAAUUUCAACCAACAAGAUCCWUGUAAUAACAAAGCCAUGGAGCAUGGCACCACUGAUAAUGGUGGAGGAUUAAUAAGUUUUACUAAGGUCAGUAGGUUUGGCAUGACUCAAGGAAUGUUUCCUGAUAACGAAGAAUCUGCUCCUGGAGAGUCAAAUCAGUACGCUGCWGGGACAUUCAUAUACCAUGCUUACGUGUCCAAAGAUGGUGAGUUUUCUCCAGAAGGUCAGGAGAAGAAAGUACACGAGGCUAACUUGAGAGAUAAGGAAUGGACCACAUUGAUAGCAGAUGAAGCUGUUAAACUAGAUGAUGAAAUUGCUAAACAUAAUGAUAUUUUGUUGGUCAAUGAAGUGGAAGUUUAUAGAAAUUUGCCCAAGAAAAUGAUUCAGUUUUACACAUGGGUGAGCAGUAAUGUGGAUUUUAACUUCACUCUCAAGACGGAUGAUGACUGUUUUGUCAACAUCAACAGUAUCCUGAAGGAACUUGUUCGCUACAAACUUCACAACAAAUCAAAAGUUUGGUGGAGUGGCUUUCGACAGGAAUGGCCAGUUGAACGGUUUGGCAAAUGGCGUGAACCAGAUUACACUGCAUCUGUGUACCCAGCAUUUUCAUGCGGUGAUGGAAAUAUGAUGUCUGCUGACCUUGUGAGAUGGCUGGCUCGCAAUGCACAAGACUUGAAACCAUAUCAAGGUGAAGAUGUGUCGCUGGGCAUCUGGUUGGCUGCAGUUGGGCCACUCUUGGUCAAGGAUUAUAGAUGGACUUGUUCACUAGAUUGUUCAAGGGACAUGUUUACGUUACCUGAAAACGACCCAGACGAGCUUAGGGACAUGUGGUCAAACCUGGGGCGCUGUGGAGAUCCAUGCCGAUGUUCUUAAAGAUACAACAAUUUGUGACGAUACUGACAGCUCUGUCUCCUUCUCUCCRACUGUCGCAUCGUUCRYAGGAUUUGGUAGGACUCCUAAACCGAACCCAAGACGCACCAAUUGACUUGGUCUUUGGUCAGCAGUUGAUUUAUUUUGGACAUGCUUGUUUCUCUCCUGYAUYAACUGGGAUUCAAGAGCUGCUACUUUGUUGACAAGUCAUUCGAUCUCACCCUGCGAUAAACGAAAUAAAUGAGCACUACAGAGGUCUCACUGUGAGUGUUAGGGAAUGGAGAGAGAGACUUUCAUCAUCCCAAAACUUGUCCCAGCCACGUUUGGUACACAACUUAUCCCUAAAAAAAUGCAGAUAUCUAUCAUUAUGGCACAUAAAGCAAUGAGAUAAUUAUAUAAUGACUGUAGGAGGAAGUAUGUACUGUAACGCAUGUAUAUAGUUGACUCUCUUUGAACGACCACUCUCGUAAGGGACCAUCUCCUGUAAGCGACCACCUUUUAUAUUUCCCGUUAUAAUUGUUUCCCAUGUAAACUCCAUAACAAACUCUCUCGUAAGCGACCAUCUCUCGUAAACAACCACUUUUUCCUGAUCACGAGAUGGUUGCUUAGGAGAGAGUUGACURUACUUCGUCAGCAGCCAAAUACGUCCAUAAUGACCCAUUAUCUAAAUGCUUGCAUUGUAGCAAUGGUACAUGUUGUCAAUUUUAUCUUAUGUUUCCAUUACAACCAUCUACAAAAAACUCCUUC